AUGGCUGACAAUGAUGCAGUAAUCCUGCAGUCCCAGCCCAUCCAGAGCUCCAGCUCCAGCUCCAGGCCUCCUACCAAAUCACAGCCAGCGGAGGAGGAGGUCGAAUACGUCGAAGAGUGGACAGAAAAGUCCACCUGCUCCCGUACGGUUUCCUCAGAGAGCAGAGACCUCAGGCAAAGCGAGUCUUCCUCCGACUCAGACGACUCUGAAGCUCUCGAAACAUCAUCCGACAGGACUCUUCCAAUGGUUUCUGACACAACAUAUCGCGAAACGUUAAUGCAUCACAAUAUCUAUAUCAACAGUGCCGAGCCAACCCCAGGAUUGAUGGCACGGGCAAAAAUGAUUGUAUCACAGCCACAAGCAGUGCCUGAUCUGGAUUCUCCCGACGUUCAGCAGAUAAUAGAACAGAGUCGAUUGUCUGAGGCAGCAAAUGAGACUUCCGUCAGAGAUGGAUUGGUCCCCGUUAUCAUUCCAGCCAGACGCAAUGUUCCCGAUCCACGAUUGACAGUGGCUGCGGAUCAAUUGUGGUGCCUAUCCAUCCCUCCUCCAGACUGUGGUGAUGAGGAAAACAAGUACUUACGUCAACCGAAGCCGGAUCUUGCCUUUGGAUACACCAGGAAUGCCUUCACCAAGGACCAAAACACGAUGAUCCGUUCGUCUAUGGCAGAGUUUGACAACUCCAAAAGCUACGCUGUCCCAGCGCAAGGGCUCAAUUUUCCGUUUCUGAGCAUCGAGUUCAAGUCGCAAGCCAACCAGGGAACCCACUUUGCCGGUCAAAACCAGGCUGCCGGAGCCGGAGCCAUUGCAAUGAAUGGUAUAAUCGAAUUGACCAAGCGAGCCUUCGGAGUGGAAGUCUUGGAUUAUGACGAGCCACAAUUUUUCUCUGUCGUCAUGGACCACGAGCUCGCUCGGAUCAAUGUGCAUUGGCUGAAGGCGCCGACCCAAGAAGGCCAGCUGCCCGACUUCCAUCUCACAACCUUAUCCAGACAUUUCUUGGACGAACCAGAUGGCAUACAAGCAGUCUACCGAGCAAUCUACAACAUUCUUUUCUAUGGCGUGGAUGGACGGCUGAGCAAUAUUCACAAGGCGCUGGAUAAAUACCAUAAGGUGGUUCACGGCAAAAAGGCCGCAGCGGGUGCUAAGAAAGGUUCCAAGAAUGGUGCUAAGAAGGUGCUAAGAAAAAUACUGAGGAAAGGAUUUAGCUAG